UCGAGUGAAAGUCAUUUCACGGACGUAAGUGACGCUCAUACUGAAAGCCAACUGCUUUUGUAAAUUGCUAAAGGUAUGAUGGCCACCCCUUGGACCUGAAGAAAGUGAGAGGAGUUAAAGGAGCAGUUAUUCCACCUCAUCAGUUCAAAAAGAAUUGAAAUUGUGAAGAUUUUCUUGCAGAGAUGGAGACGGCCUCACCUCCGGGACAAAGUACUGACUCAGUCGAAGAUCGGACUGCUGCACAACGAUAUAUGAUUCGAGUGAAUGGAGUUUUACAUGACGUGAAAAAUGAAGACCCUCUGAUGUCUCUGGCUGAAUACUUGCGUUCCGUUCUACACCUUUGUGGAACAAAGACCAUGUGUCACGAAGGAGGUUGUGGCUGCUGUGUUGUUGUACUUGAAUAUGACAACCCCACGAAACCAGAGAAAAGAAUCAUCAAGUCAAUGAAUUCAUGUUUGUUUCCAAUUGGCUCCCUCCUUUCAUUGAAGAACCAUCAAGUUGUAACAAUAGAGGCACUGGGGUCUAUGAAGAAGGGUUUACACCCCAUACAACAGCGACUGGCUGAUUACAAUGGAAGUCAAUGUGGAUUUUGCAGCCCAGGCUUUGUCAUGCAGAUGUUUGGGCUUCUGAAAAACAAACCAAGUCCUAGCUUUCAGGACGUGGAGGAUAACUUUGAUGGCAAUGUCUGCAGAUGUACAGGCUAUCGAUCUAUUUUGGAUGCCAUGAAGUCUUUUGUCAAGAGUACAGACACAAAGCUGAGAGGUUCCUUUAUUGAUAUAGAGGAUUUGAUAAGCUGUCCCAAGAUAAGGACACCUUGUACUCGGAGCUCCUUGAGUGAAAUUGUAUCUUCCACUAGUCCAGCAGAGGGCACCACCAGCAUGCUUUUCUCAAAGGAUGGUCUCAAAUGGUACCAGCCAACAGAACUAACUCAGCUAUAUCUAUUAAUGCAAGAGCACUCGAGUGAAGCUGUCAAACUUGUACAUGGAGACACUGCCAAAGGAGUUUACAAGAAAGAUGGACCUUAUCAAGUUCUCAUUGAUGUAAAAGGAAUCCCUGAUCUUUACAAGGUCACUAUGGGACCUAAUGGUUUAAAGGUGUUUUCCAAUGUUACCCUGAGUUCACUCAUCGGCUACCUGAAACAGUAUUCUGACCAAUCACUGUCCUACAACGUUAUAGCUCGUCAUUUGCUCAAGGUUGCAAAUGGGCCUGUGCGAAAUACUGGUGGAUGGGCUGGAAAUUUGAUGAUGAAGUGGAAACACCAUGAGUUUGUGUCUGAUGUAUUUGUGGCCCUUGAAGUUGCUGGUGCUAAACUGACUGUUGGAGAUAUUGCAGAAUUAAGUACUUAUACGCCAGUGCAGUUUCUCGAUGUCAACAUGAAUGGAAAGGUUCUUUUAUGUGUGGAAAUCCCAAAGCUGGCAGAGUCUGAAAGGAUGAACAGCUAUAAGAUUAUGCCCCGAAUGCAGAACGCUCACACGUAUGUGAGUGCAGGGUUCCGGGUUCAGUUAAAGGCUUUGGAUAAGAAACAGUUAGUUGAAUCCAUCUCAAUGGUGUACACUGGAAUCAAUAAGACCUUCAUUCAUGCUGUUGCCACAGAAAAAUAUCUCCAAGGCAAAGACAUCACAGCCAAUGCAACUUUGCAAGGUGCCCUGACAACACUUGACAAGGAGAUAAUUCCUGAUGAAGAUAAUCCACUACUUGCAAGUGCUGAGUACAGAAAAUCAUUGGCACUUGGGCUUUUCUAUAAGUUUUACCUCUCUCUGUUGAGCGAAGGUGUUGUUUCACCUUGCAAUCGGAGUGCUACAUGUUCUUUGGAACGCCCUGUAUCCACGGGAAAACAAACGUUCAGCAGCAAACCAGAGGAAUAUCCUUUGACAAAGCCUAUGCCAAAAUUAAGUGCCUACAAGCAGACAUCUGGUGAAGCUGAGUUUAUCAACGACCUGCUGCCUCUUCCGAAUGAGUUAUUUGCAAUGUUCGUGCUGAGCACAGAGGGAAGUGCAACUAUUAGCAACAUUGACAGUACAGCAGCUAUGAGUGUGCCUGGUGCUGCUGCAGUGCUUAAAGCAAGCGAUAUACCUGGAUGCAAUACAUUUAUGCCUCCACCCUAUGAGGCUGAAGAGAUUCUGAGCAGUGGUCCUGUGCUGUAUGCUGGGCAGCCAAUCGCGCUGUGUCUUGCAGAUUCACAACAUCAUGCUCUGGAGAUGGUAGAAGUAGUGAAGGUCACCUACCAAGAUCAACAGCCACCAAUAGUGACCCUUGAUGAAGCUAUUGAGAAAAAAUCCUUUUACCCAUCGCCUGGAAAGGGAUUGCUUGUUGGACACCCUGAAGAUGCUAUUUCAGAAUCUCCUUGCAAAAUUGAAGGGGAAGUUAGAGCAGGUGAACAGUACCAUUUCCACAUGGAAACACAGAUUUGUCGGUGCAUGCCUACUGAAGAUGGUUUGGAUGUUCAGGCAGCGAGUCAAUGGUUGGACUUAGCACAACAAGCUAUUGCCUGUGCCAUUGGAAUACCUGCCACAGAUAUCAACAUCUCAGCUAAGCGUUUGGGAGGAGCUUAUGGAGGUAAAGCUACACGGGCCAAUUUAGUAGCUUGUGGUGCAGCAGUGGCUGCAACAGUCCUUUCCAGACCUGUUCGAUGCAUAAUGGACCUGGCCACCAACAUGAAAGCAGUUGGCAAACGCCAUAGUUAUAUUUUCAAAUACAAGGUGGGGUUUAAUGAAGAUGGUAAACUAAAUGGUAUUAUCAUUACUUACUAUGCUGACAAUGGAUGUAGCUCGAAUGAUAAUGAGGUUGGAGAAUCCCUCGUAUUUUCUGAUAAUGUAUACAAGUGUCAGAACUGGAAGCUGAUCCCUGUUGCACUUAAAACAAACCGAGCAGCUCACACAUGGUGCAGAUCUCCAGGUUCAGUACCCAACAUAUUUGUCAUUGAGACAAUUCUUGAACAUGUGGCCAAAUUUCUGAACUUGGAUCCAAUCGCUGUAAAGCAGAAGAACUUGUAUGUUCAAGGAGACAUCACACCACUGGGCUUCAACCUGCCCUACUGCAGCAUCCGGGAUCUUUACUCAACUCAGUUAGAAAAAGUGGAUGUGGCUGGACGCCUGCAAGCAAUUAAGAAAUUCAAUGCAGAAAACAGGUGGAAGAAGAAAGGACUGGCAGUGGUUCCCCUCAAAUACGGCCUGUAUUGGUCUGAAAGCUAUUACUUGUGUACUGUUUCAAUAUUCGCCAGUGAUGGUUCAGUCAUGAUUUCACAAGGUGGCAUUGAGUCUGGUCAAGGCCUUGAUACCAAGGUUGCUCAAGUGUGUGCCUAUGCAUUGGGGAUUCCGGUUAAUUCCAUCUCCAUAAAACCAACCACAACAAUCAGUAGCCCGAACUCUGGCCCAACUGGUGGCAGCAUGACCAGUGAACUUAACUGUUUGGGUGUAAAAAAUUGUUGUGAGAUAUUGAAGAAGAGAAUGGACCCAGUGAAGGAUACGCUUCCACCAGGUACCCCUUGGAAGGAUCUGGUGGCAGCCUGUUUUAAAGCCAAAGUGAAUUUGACUGCACAGUAUUGGGUAUGGCCUGAUGCACAGCCCAAAAGAGCCCCUCAGUAUAAUUCAUAUGGAGUGACUGUGGCAGAGGCUGACCUUGAUGUCCUGACUGGCGAGAACCAGAUUAGUCAAGUGGACAUACUGUUUGACUGCGGUGAAAGCAUGAACCCUGACAUUGAUAUUGGACAAGUUGAGGGUGCUUUUGUCAUGGGCAUGGGAUAUUGGCUGCUGGAGAAGAUGAUCUAUGACCCUAAGACUGGGGAGGUACUGAAUGCAGGGACAUGGGAUUACAAACCACCAUUCAGCAAGAGCAUACCGAUUAAUUUCAACAUUGAGCUUUUAAAGAAUGCUCCCAACCCAAUGGGUGUUCUUCGUUCCAAAGCCUCUGGUGAACCUCCCCAGUGUAUGUCCUGUGCCACGUUAUUUGCUGUGAAGCACGCUAUUGAGGCAGCACGUCAAGAUGUUGGGAAGGAUACCUACUUUCCAUUGAGUGGACCAGCAACAGUUGAUGUAAUCCAGGCCUGCUGCCUUGUGGACUAUAAACACUUUUCAAUUUGAAAACCCAUCAUCAAUUCCUGCUGCUACAUUGAACAAAGCUAAUCAUCUGCAUUCUUCCAGAAAUUGUUUUGUCUUUACCUGUAUUGUAUAAUACAUACAAUGUUAACUACAUAUCCAUACAGCCUAGAAUUUAAAGGUUUACUCUUCUACUGACUGUCAAUGCACCUUUAACACAGGUCUGCAGGUAAACUUAAUAUUGGAUGGUUUGCCCUUUCUCUGAGGUUUUUUCAUUCAUUUCUGGGACAUGGAGACGUUUUGCUGAAGUCACAGCAGAUGAAUACUCUAUUCAUUAUUCAGAGAGUAAUGAGUACAACAUUACUCAUCUAAAAAGAAAAACAAUACUUUUAAGAAGGUAAACUUAAAAUUGGCAAUUAAUGCAGUUUUUCAUUUUGAUUGAUGGCAUUGAUUUAUUAAAUAACUUGCUAGUUCAAAAUAUUCCAGUGGUUCCAAUGAUUAUUGUUCCAUAAUCAUCCUCAAUCGCUUGGAGGAGAAAGGAUGUUUGGAGUUAGGUAACAGCAAGGUUUUGUUAGUUUGAGUGCAUUAUUUCACCUGUGUUUGUAGCCAAACAUGGAGUUUACAGCAGCAGAGGAGGAGAUUCUGCUAACUACACCGAUAUGAACUGUUUGCCAAAGCCAUUCAAAACUAAUCCUGCAGACUGUUUCUCCUCUGAGAGUCCUGUUUCACCAUCUGCUUCGAAUAUUUAUCCUUUCCCGUCUUCAAGGCUGCAAUUGUCUGUCUCAACUGUCCCUGAGGCAAAUGCUCCAACAACUUCCUGCACAAAGAAAUUUCUCCUCAUACUUCUCUUUACUUUCUUAGUAAUCAAAGCAAUGCAUAAAUUUGCCAAAGGAAAUGAUCUUUCUUUUAUAUAACCUACAAAUAUUUUAACUUAAAAAACCUGUAUAUCUCUUCUUAGCCAUUUCUGCUCUCGCAAAAUAGGCCUGAUAUCUCAGAUUUCUCCAAAUAAGUACAAAUUCAGAACCUGACAUAAUUCUGCUGAAUCUGCACUGUACACACUCAAUGAUGAGAGUUAGAAAUGAGCCUUUCAAACCUUUGUAUCCCCACCCUUCACAGCACUAUAUUCAAAGCUGCUAUCAAACUGCAGCUGAUCAGGAAUAAGUUGCUCGGUGAUGCCCAGUUUGGAUUCGGCUGGGUCCACUCAGCUGCUGACCUCAUUACAGCCUUGGUUCAAACAUGAGCAAAGGAGCUGAAUUCCAGAGGGGAGGUGAGGGUGACUCCAUGAGACACCAAGGCCACAUUCAACUAAGUAUGGCAUCAAGGAGUCCCAGCAAAACUGGAAUCAAUGAGUAUCGGGGUGUAAAUUCUCUGCUAAUUGGAGUGAUACCUGUCACAGAGGAAGAUGGUUAUGGUUCUUGGAGGUCAAUAACCUCAACUUCGGGACAUCUCUGCACGAGUCCCUCAGGGUAGUGUCCUAGGCCCAACCACCUUCAGCUGCUUCAUCGAUGACCUUCCCUCCAUCAUAAGGUCAGAUGUGGGGAUGCUGACCGAUGAUUGCACAAUGUUCAGCUCCAUUCGUGAUUCUCCAGAUACUGAAACAGUCUGCGUUCAAAUGCAACAAGGUCUGGACAGUAUCCAGGUUUGGGCUAACAAGUGGCAAGAAGUAUUCACACCACACACCAAUGCCAGCCAAUGACCAUCUUUAAUAAGGAACAAUCUAACAACAGGCCCUUGACAUUCACUGGAUCUCCCACUAGCAACAUCCAAAAAUCGACGUUUCGGGCAAAAGCCCUUCAUCAGGAAUACAGGACUUUUGCCUGAAACGUCAAUUUUACUGCUCCUCGGAUGCUGCCUGAACUGCUGUGUUUUUCCAGCACCACUCUAAUCUAGACAGAAAUUGGAAUCCCCUACUAUUUUACCCUUAUAUUUUACAUUUCUCUGAGAUUUGCCUGCAUUUCUACUCUUCUACCUCUUCCUGGCUGUUCAGAGAUCUCUCUGUAGAAUUUUCUUUAUGUAUUAGGAUAGCCAAUUGUAGUCUAACCAUUGCCUUAUGCAACUAUUUAAGUUUCAACAAAUCAAGAAAGAAAUCAAUUCCAUUGUUAAGCAAAUACACAUGAAUCAUCAGCAUGCUGCAAGUUUGUUGCCAUUGCAACGAAUAUAUUCAUGUAAUCGUAGUCCGUUUACCUUAAUAGAUAAUGACUAACUACAGAGACCAUUCACCUUAUCUUGUACUCGCUUCAUAAUUUCACAUGAUGUGUACACUAACAUACUGUAUAUCCUUCUCAGCUUACCAAAAAUCUGUGUUAAUUUUUUAUACUCAUUCCAUGGAGUGAGAUCUAUAACCACAGUGAACAUUGAUUUGACAGCAAAAUUUAUGGGCAUUCGUCCCAGUGGCAAAUCCUACUAAGUGAUGUUUGUUGGCAACAAAUGGAACCAGCAGAGAUAAAUGUAUCUUGUAUGUGACAACAUGGUGGUGUCAUUUCCAAGCACAGAAUUAAAAGAUAGCUUGUUUAUUUUCAUUUUCCUUUACUUGAUCAAAAAAUUGAACUAUUGAAACAUAAUCAAGUUGCACACCACACAACAAAUUGAUGGAAAGAAAUAUUUGAUGAAGAUUCUUUUCCAAAGCAAAGGCCUUCAAUACACAAGGUCAAUAGAACAAUGCAAUGGGGGAAAAAAAAACAAUUGGUUGUAUUUGCACAAGAAUGGAUGAAUCAAGUAAUAGCAGGCAAGUACUUUCAUAGGAAGCCAAACUUGAUAUUGUAUUGGAAGGUAAUUAGUUGUUCAAAUGAAAACACCCUAUUGACCACAAUGCAUAUAAUACUUUCAGUGGGCAUACCUUUGAGUAUCUAUUGCAUAGAGGUUUUCACUGAUGUCAUGCACUGGAUACUGGCAUUUCAUGCAAAUAGAUUUAAUUUAAGAAAAAACUAAUUAAAACCAUUUUGACAAAUGGUCAGUUAGACUCGAAACGUCAGCUCUUUUCUCUCCUUACAGAUCCUGCCAGACCUGCUGAGAUUUUCCAGCAUUUUCUCUCUUGGUUUCAGAUUCCAGCAUCCGCAGUAAUUUGCUUUUAAUUAAAACAUGAUUAUAAUUGCACAUGAAUUUAAUAAAAUGUUUUUAAUUCA